UCGGUUCGGCCAGCCUGUCUCACUCACUCGGGCGGUCAGUCAAUCGUUUGUCAUGUGCUUAAUGGUGAUGGUGAAUCUCAUCUAAAUUCCGCAGUUUAUUUUAGUGAUUCGUAUUAACCUGUUUGAUGGAAUUUACCUACCGCAUUUGGUAAUCGAUUUAAUGACUGCUACAAGUAGCUGACAAAUUUGUAAAAUGAUAAGUUUAGAUAUAAUUAAACAGUCGACCUUCAUCCAUGUCUGCUUCGCCAUAUCCUACUUUACGUCAGGGUUGGCACUCAGCAUGGUGCAGGCAACCCUAUGGUUUAGCCUCAGACCAUUCAACAAGAGGUUGUACAGAAAAAUAAAUUAUUAUCUGGCAUACUCAUUAAAUAGCCAGUUGGUGUUCAUGUCACAAUGGUGGGCAAGAACAAAAAUGUCGGUCUAUAUAAAAAAGGAUGAAUAUGAUAAGUAUUAUGGCAAAGAGCAUGGUUACCUUUUUAUGAACCACAGCUUUGAAAUAGACUGGCUGAUGGGCUGGCAUUUCUGUGAUGUGAUCCAAGUUUUAGGGAAUUGCAAAGCAUAUGCAAAGAAGUCCAUUCAGUACAUGCCGCCCAUUGGAUGGAUGUGGAAGUUCUCAGAAUUCGUAUUUUUGGAGAGGUCCUUUGAUAAAGAUAAGGAGAUUAUUAAGAAGCAGAUUAAAGAAAUAUGUGACUAUCCGGAUCCAGUAUGGCUAUUGAUGACUCCCGAAGGAACUCGCUUCACAAAGAAGAAACACGAGGCCUCCCUAAAGUUCGCCAAGGAGAAGAAUCUGCCUCUCCUCAAACAUCACCUGACGCCUCGGACGAGAGGGUUCACCACCAGCCUGCCGCACUUCAGGGGGAAGAUUCCAGCUAUUUACAACAUUCAGCUGGCAUUUGACAAAGACGCCAAGAACCCCCCGACCAUAACGAGCCUGCUGUACGGCAAGCAAGUCCACGCACACUUGUACAUCGAGCGGAUCCCAGUGGAAAACGUCCCUGAAGACGAGGCGGCCGCCUCGCAGUGGGUGCACGAUUUAUUCGUCGUCAAGGACAAAAUGGCGGAAUCCUUCCAGAACACGGGCGACUUCUUCCUAGAGUCUGGCGUUGAACGUAUCGAGCCGUUCCAGUACCCUGUCCGGAUCUACUCGCUUAUCAACACGCUCGGCUGGGCCGUGAUCACGCUCACACCCAUGCUGUACUACCUCAUGGGACUGUUACUUAGUGGGAGACUGCUGUACUUUUCCAUUGGUGUCGCUAUAUUUUUUGGAUUUUACGUGAUUCUGCAGAAGUCUAUAGGCAUGUCAAAAAUUAGCGAAGGCUCAUCUUAUGGGACUGAAAAAAAAUAAACGUUAGGUACAUUAUAUUGUUACAGUAUUCACAAGGAAUAUUAUAGUUUAUACUAUAAAAUCAAAUUACGAAAAUUCUUUAUAUAAAUAAUGUUUUGUACAGUUAACAAUCGGCCUUUUCUGGGCGUGUUUAACUUGGUAUUGUAGCUGUAAAUGUUGCAAUACAAAACACAACGGUAUUCUAUUCGUAGAUGUAUUAUAUUUGGUGAUAUCGUAAGGGGUUAAACUGUUUAUAUUAAAUUUGAUUGUUUCGGUUAAUGAAACAUUUAAUUUGAUACUUGGGAUAGUGGGAAAUUUAAAAAAAGUUACUUUUUAAUUUUAAUUGACACGGUUUACAUUUUUGGUUACAUUCUACUUAGAAUACUGAGGAGUACCUACUUUAUAUUCUAGUAGUACAUAAUUGUCCACAGACAUACCUACGUAUGAUAUAUGUUUGGUAAAUAAACAACUAAACCAAAACGAAAAUGUACUAUGUAAAAGUGUCGACCUGACCGAUCUGUGGACUAUUAGAAUUAUAUAAUAUCAUUUCUGAGCGUAAUAUGUCCUAAAAUUUUCAAAAUAUUUCAUAAAAUGUGUUUUAAAUUUCCCACCUAGAUACUUUUUUUUAUAAAGUCUAUUGAUUGAAAGCAAGUGAUCCGAAACAAUGGAUGCAAUUAACUAUUUAAAUCUACUUAUCGAUUUGCUGAGCGCAUUCCUUACAUUACAUGUGAACAAUCAUUAUUUUUACUUCUCGCACAAUGUAUUACUACCAGCACAAAUGCCCGAGGUGGGCUUAUUUUAGUUCUAAAACUUCACUCAUCCUAGCUAAGCUGAUAUUAAAGACUGAUACAUAUGUCCUAACAGGACAGGUUUUUGUAAAAUAUAAAUAUAAUUGCAUCCACAUAGUUUCGUGAAUAUUCAUGUAGUAUUUUUAUAGAUUCAUAGUUCCCUUCGAUUUUUUUUAGAAUAAGACUUGUGGUGUUUGAAAUUGUCCAACUGGAAACGACAUUUUAACUCUUUAUUUUGUUAUUCAACGAUUUUAGGAAUAUAUCAGUGAGUUUGGUCAAAAGCCAACAGUAUUUUAGAAAGAUAGCCAAACCAAUUUUAGUGGUGGGAUUUGGAGUUAUAAGUACAGAUGUAGUGCGUAAUUGUUUUCCUUCGUAUUUUCUCGGAAACUUUCGUAUUUGUGCUACUUCAGUCAACUUCAGUACUUUUUGUACCGAGACUGACUGAAAUAGCAAGACACGUUCGUACGUUUCCGUGAAAAUACGAAAGAAAACAAUUAGGUAUGCACUACAUCUGUAAGCCAAUAUAUUUACGUUUUUUCUGAAGAUGGUUUACAAAUCCGUACUCAAAUAUUUUCUAAUGUCUACCUAACGUUAAUAACGUAAGUAAGAUAGUUUUGGCAAAAAUAAUAAAGCGAAAAAUUUUGAAAUAAAGAUUUAGGUACUUACCUAUAACCCUAUUUUUGUAAUCAUGUCAGUACCGUAAAAAGCACAAGAUUUGUGAUAGAUUAUUUGUAUUAUUGUGUUUAUUUAUUGUUUUUAUUAUAUGGUUACAAUCUUG